AUGGAAUCCCGUGGCCUCCGACCCUUUGAAGUUUUCCCCGAUCCCUGGGGUGUCCCCAAAACGUCGCCCAUCUCGCGAGGAACCUUUGAUAAGGAUAUCCGAAUCAGGCUUCUGGCUAUGUACCUUUGCCUCUGGAGGAUCUCGGGGCCCCAUGACAGGAACCAAGGGGAUUCUUCGUUUCCGUUCUCAUUGCAGGAGUUUGGGACGCCCUCAGGGAAGGCCCUACAUUGGCGUGGUACUAGUGCCCUUCGCCAGAGGCGACUUUCCGACACUUCUUAUCCAACGGAUGCCGAUGGGGACUUGGAGCCUCCACGACGGCCGCAAGGCUCUAGGGGGAUUACCCGGGAUCCUAAGAGUCGGAAGGCGACGGCGGUGUCCCCCGAGACACUGAAGUUCGGAAUGCCUCAUGGGCGGGGGCCUUCAGAGUGUUUCUGGACUUUUCAGAAAAAUGCCGAGGACCUGAACGAAGUUGGCAGGGGCGUCUGGUCCGCCUCGCUUGCACUAGGUAGCUUCCUGUAUCGGCAGCCAGCCGUCUUUUGGGGGUCUCUAGAGGGGGUCACCACCAGACCCAGCCUGUCAGCUAAGUACAACACUGCUGGAGCUGCUGAGAGUCAGUCCGCAUCGAAGAAACCCCGGGGCAUCACGGGUAACACUCCCAAGGAGACCUUGGGGAAUGUUGUUGAAAUGGCCUCUACUGGAGUCCCGAAGGUCUUUAGGAUUUUGGAGCUUGGCAGCGGCGUCGGCCUUAUAGGGCCCCUCCUCCGGCGGCUCUUUGCCCGAGGGGACUUUAGCGCGUCCUCUUUGGGUUGCACCAAAGGGGCGUCUGACCUCUCUGUGGAGGUAUAUCUGAGCGACACGGAUCCAGAGGCUCUCCAAAUGUGUGAGCGAACACAGCGGCUGGACGAGUCCAUUCUUGGACUCCUCCACGAGGGCAUCUGUCCUAGUGGCUGCCGUGAAGAGGCCUUUGGACAUGGGUCAAGUCCCGACUUGGCAGCAGCAAAAUCACCGAGAGCCCAUUUUGAGUGCUCUCCGGGAACUUCUGUCAAAACCUUUGUGCGAAGACUCGAUUGGAGGCACGGAGGCCCCUGGGCAGCCGACGUUUCAGGUAUAUCCCCACAGACGGAUCAUUCACGUGUAGAAGAUGACGAUCCUGAAUCUCAGGAUGACCUUACCGUGGCAAGGACCCGAGGUCAAGAUGCGUUUGAGUGGACUCGAGAAGAGGUCGAGAUGCUGCAGAAAGAGGGUGCCCUUAGCUUAGUUCUAGCGUCAGAUGUGUUGUACGACUUUAACUUAACUUCAUCCCUUUCGAAUUUGUUGUGUGCCAUUCUGGAGAAGAACCCUUCAUGCCGCUGCCUCCUUUCCCACUCUCGGCGCUUGGGCAUUGUGUGCCCGACUUCCUCUGUCGCGGUCGAUAUCUAUGCUGAAGACUUUUUCGACAGAUUCUGCUCCAGUGACCCCAAGGAAAUACAGAUUGCAAGCAGACGGUUUCUGCUGACCACACAUCCCACCCCUCCAAAUGCAGUCGUCUUUGCAGGAUACUCAGACCCUGUGGAGACUGAUAAGGUAAAAAAGCUCAUUGAAAAGGAUCUUGCGUCGCUUGUUGAGGGCGUUGAUGGAGAAUUAGGGAGCCAUAAGGAUGCUCAGAGGGCCCCCAGAAAGGCUAAAGAAAAGCAGUUUAGGCUGAGUCCCUCCGAGGCGGAGGAGGCCACGGCUUUCGCAGAGAUAUGGGAACUUACCCUAGCCGAAACACAGCGAGAAGAUGACCUCGCUGCAGUCAUCUCAGGAGCUCUACCUGGCUCUCUUGAGUGGGGAUGCCAUGCGAAUGGCCCUACAGUGAGCGGGGAUCGGUGUGGCGGCACACUACGGGCCAUUCGUAGGACUCAUUUUGCUAUCCCCAACACGCCGCUGCACAGUAAUGCCGCUUUGCGCAGGGAUACGGAGGCAGAGAGUAAGGGAAAGCGCGAAAACCGGCUCAUGGGGCAUCAAGAAGAGCUAAGGGCCCAUAGAUGGACGGCUGGAGGGACAAAUACCCCGACACAACAAGCGCCUCAUGCGCCUGAGAACACUAGUCAAGACUCAAAGCUCAAAUGCCAGCUAGAUAGGUGGAGGUUGACCGUGGGGCAGACGACUCGAGUCUUCCCCGUUGCGCUUUACACAGCGCAUGUGGAGAGCAGCAGGAGCCAGUCCUGCAGCACUUGCAACAGAGGCCGUACGGGGUCAGCUGCAGCUGUGACUGCUGUUCGUGUAGCUACAGGUGGCCGUGCCCCGACAAGGAGGAACACCAACAAAGGCGGUGUGUGUCCUCGUUAG